UAAACCAUAAAAUAUCAGCAAACUCGGCGAAAUAGUCAGAAGGGCCGAAUGAAACACGUCGCGGACAAGAAUAGGAAGCGUGCCAACAACACACGUGGGCGGACGAGAGUGCCAAAACACCCGGGGCGACAUGGCAUUUGAUCUCACUGAAUACCCUCCACGGACCUUUCGUGAUAAAUACACACACUACCUGGCACCGAAGGGCACGCUUGUUACCCCUCAGCAGGUAUUCGGGAACAAGAAGUUGGGGCCAGCGGCAGAAGAAGGAAUCAGGAAAGCCUUCAAAAUUACUAUAAAGAAGCUAAAGAAACUGAGAUCUGCAUGUGCUGCUUGUGAGAAGGAAGGGGCCACUGUGGAGUGUCUGGGAUGCAAGGCUGUGCGGUAUUGCAAUGAGGAGUGCCGGGUGUCACGCAUCAACACUCAUGCCGCAGUGUGCCGCCACCUCAAGGAUGAACUACUGGAUCAGGUGGUGGAGUGCCUGCCAUCACCUCUCAUCCCUGGUCCAGACAUGCUGAGAGGCAGAGGUGGUCUGGUCAAGGACUGGAAUGACUGGUAUAACAACCACACCUCCCUGGGGGCCACCUUCCAGCACAAGUCCUCCAUCAUCAGCUUGUGGUGGGAGUACACUGGCCUCACCAUCCCAGAGGUACCGGAGAUCGAGGCAUCACUGUGGAGGAUCUACAGUAAUAUCUUCAGCACGCCGCUUAAUGUGGGUCAUUGCGCCUUGUGGUUCCCUGAUCUGGCCCCUGCAGAGAAGAACAAGGAGUUCCACAUUCACCUGCUGGGAGCUGACGAGCCAGAGGUGAAGGCCGUGCAGCAGGGCAUCAUUCAGAUAGCAAGCCGAGUGCUGGGUCGGCCCCUGGUGGUGACCUUGGUGGCUCCUGACCUGCAGAACCAUCCAGAGACAAUGACAUGGUCACCAACAUCUCCUUUCCAGUGUGGGCCAAAUGUGAAAGCUGUGGCAUACCCAGGACUCUACCAUGAUUUCUGGCAGCAGCACAUCCUCUCUGAUAAAGAAAAGAUGAAGCGACCUGACGUUGCCUUGGCCAUCCAUCCAGGCGUCCACACUGAGCCCAUGCUGAUCCUCUGGAAGCCAACCCUGCAACUCUUGGCCAAGGAGCAGAUCCCCCUGGCCAUGACCACCUAUAACCAGGCUGAGUUUGAGGAGACCCUGGAGAAACUUGCUCCACUUGGACUGAACAUCGUGCGCAAGGAGAAGAAUAUGCUGGGCUCCCUCCAUGCCAAGCAGACACCUUAUGAACCUGACCAUGUGUGGGCUGCUAACAGCUACCUUAUUGCUAUUGACAACAGAGGCCACAAUGGCAGUCUCUCAUAAGAACAGCCAUGCACACACAUGCAUACAUUUCUUCACUUCCUCAGAAAUCAAUGAGGAUCUCUCUGCCUCACAUCUUGGACAGGUGAAAAUUGUGCAGUUUCUCCUGAUGGUAAUGUUAUUUUUGACAUCUUGAUAAAAUGGAGAAAAUGUACCAAAAAAUAGAGACUGUAGAAAGGAAAUCAACUAUAUAAAAAACUUGGGAGAACUAAAAACACUGGACACAUUACAGGUUCCAUAAAAAAUAUUCAGAAAAAAAAAAUCAAGAAAAGUUCUGUACAGCGAUACAAAAUAAUGUAGAAAAUGAGGUCAUUAAUAUUACCGAUGAUGCAAACUACAAAACUAACCAUCUCUGCAGCCACCCUCAAUGCGCACACACAAACUCACUCACACUCACAUCAAUACUCUCAUAAAAAAAAACUGUAAUGCCCCUUUACAAAAACCUCAUUCCCAUUCUUACACACAUGCUUGCACUACCUCUAUUGUAAAUACAAAAUGUACAGUAAGACAGAAAAGUGACACCGCAGAAUAUUAUUAAAUAAGCCGGGAACCAUGUCUGUCCGUUUGUGUGUCUGUCAUGGAUGGUUCGUUUGUUGCGGCUCGUGUGCUCUCUCCUCGUGCUGUCCUCAGGCAACACACAUGCUUCCAGUGGUGCAGUGAGUGGAGAUUUUGAAACCACUGAGUCAUGGUAUUUCCUCCUUGAGUUUCUGGUGGUGGAGGGUGAGGAGUGCCCUUCUCAGCACUCUUGCCUUUGUAUCAGCACUCUGAGAACCAAUAGGACAGCACUCCGAAAGCCUCUGCACUGCACCUCGAGAUGCUUACUAACACUUUUGCCUCUUAUCACCCCACCAGGAAGUUUAGUAGUGGCACUCUUCUCUUCUACGAGGGCACUCUAGAUACUUGUACUGUGGCACUCGGAGGCUGUCCUACCGGCACUCGAGGAACUAAUGUCUGAUGCAACAAACAGGGCAGAUGCAGGUUAUAUCUUACAGCUGCACUUGGGUAAGAAAAAGUCUACCGACCUAAACAUAUUCCUGUCACACAACAUUAUUAUUUUUUUUAUAAGCACAAGACUGUAAAAUGACGUUUCCGUGUUUUAUUUUAUUUUUAAAAAGUCAAAAUCAUGAGACUCUAUGAUGGAAGAAACCUAAACAACCUACUAAUAUGCAGCUAGACACAGCACCCCCUACCUAGUGGCCUUAUAUAAUGCUUAGUAUUAAACCUAUGGGUCAAUUUGUCUUCACCGAUUAUCUAUCUCUCUCUCGCUUUCUCUCUGUCUUUUCUCUUUCUCGCUCGCUCGUUCUUUCGCUCUCACUCUCACACUCUUGCUCACUCUCUGCCUCUGAACAAUAUUUGAUUCUUAGGAACUUCUAACCUUAUGUAAAAAAAGAGUAAAGUUUAACAGAACAGAUAAACAAUAUGAAUGUCAAAGCAUAGUGGCUGCUCUGUCACCUCCUCCUCCUUCUCCUCGUCAGUGGCAAUAGUGAGCCACCAAAGUAAGCCACCGGAUAAAUAAUUCUACAAACGCUCAACAACCCUCAAACGGAAAUGAUCCUCCGUCAGCCUUCAAAUCACGAACACAUGCCUGGUACAGCAGCCAGCAGACAACACUGCUUGGCCACCUGUACAGUCAGCAUUGCCUCACAUUAACAGCUCUGCCACAUUCCAUGCAGCUCGUCUUUUGUCCGAGGGCUCCAUGGGACACUAAGGUGUUACCAAGCAUGUUUGGUAGUAGUGUCAUGCACCGGUUAAGUAAUACAAUAUAACUAACACAGGCAAGAUCAGGAGUGGAAAAUAUGUCUCCUGUAUUAUUACUUAGUGUGUUGCCUGUACAAGUAAAACUGGUUGCACCAUACCUUAGUUAUAUGUUGAUAUUUUAACAUCUUUUAGACUAGAAAAAUGCAAGAAAAUGUACAUUUUUCAUUUUGAAUGUACACAGUUAACUUCUUUCACCAAGAUAUUGCUUACUUCACUAUUAUUAUUGACACCAUA